AUGAAUAGGUCUUCUCCACAGCCUCCUGCAGCUUCAGCUAAUGGUGUUGGAUUGGAAAACCCUUUAACAUCUCAGAAACAACAAACACCACAAGGCCAACCACACCCAGGCUUUACAAAGCAGCAACUACAUGUUCUCAAAGCCCAGAUUCGAGCUUUCAGGCGUAUAAAGAAGGGUAAAAUGUUCAGUUACUCAUUUUCCGACGGUUCAUUCAGUACAACACUUUAUUCAGAUAUAAUCAUUUCUGCACUAGGCUACUUGAUGCUGGGAACUUUUAUUUAUGUGCUUAUCGUUGAUGGAUCUACAUUCAAUGCCAAUGUAUUAUCAAGGUAUGAAAAGCUGCAACGGUGGGAUGAUGCCCUUAAAGCAUACACUGCAAAAUCUGCUCAAGCAACAAGUCAACGUCUUAUCUUGGAUGCUACACUAGGUAACUCAUAUUGUAGUGUAUUUAUUCCAAAUCCCAAAUUCUUUGGAUGGAGAAAAGGGUCACAAGAAUUAUCGGAGCAGGGGUUCAAUAUUAGUCUUAAAGAAGUAUGA